AGGGAAAUGACGAGAAGGAAGAUACAGAUGAAGAAAAUUGACAGUGUAACAGCAAGACAAGUGACUUUCUCAAAGAGAAGGAAAGGUCUCUUCAAGAAGGCACAAGAACUCUUGACUCUUUGUGAUGCUGAGAUUGCCCUCUUAGUCUUCUCUUCUACUGGCACGCUCUUUGAUUUUGCUAGCUCAAGCGCGAGGCAAGUAAUUGAAAGGAGAAACCUAUACUCAGAUGUGAACCUUGUGAAGUCAUACCAGCCAUCUCAAGAGCUACAGGUUGAAGGUGAAUAUUUUAAGCUAAACAAGGAAAUAGAAGAGAAGACUCUUGAAAUAAGACAGCUCAAUGGAGAAGAUCUACAAGGACUGUCUGUAAAAGAUCUGAGGAAGCUAGAAGAUUUACUUAGCACAAGCUUGCAUCGUAUUUGA